CUCCUUACCACUCUGCGCUUUUGUUUUUGCCUCUUCUGCUUCUCCUCCUACUUGGGCUGCUACUCGCAAGCUUCGUCGCGCCAGGUUUUUGGAUUUUGAACGGAAUGGAAGGCUUGAUCGCGCUUGUUAACCGGAUUCAGAAGGCAUGUACGGUCCUCGGAGACUAUGGCGAUGAUCGGACUUUGCCUACUCUCUGGAACGCUCUCCCCACCAUUGUUGUCCUCGGCGGCCAAAGUUCCGGGAAGUCGUCAGCUUUGGAGAGUAUUGUCGGGCGUGAUUUUCUUCCCAGAGGAUCAGGAAUUGUGACCAGAAGGCCACUAAUUUUGCAACUAUGCAAGACGGAGCCAGGACAGCAGGACUAUGCGCAAUUCCUUCAUUCCGGAAAUAAAAGAUAUACAGACUUUUCAUUGGUCACAAAGGAGAUUCAAGAUGAAACUGACAGGGUUACGGGGAAGCCAAAUCACAUUUCUCCUCUUCCUAUUAAUCUUAGCAUUUACUCUCCAAAUGUUGUUAACUUGACAUUGGUAGAUUUACCUGGGCUUACUAAUGUUGCUGUGGAUGGCCAACCUGAGAGUAUUGUUCAGGAAAUUGAAGACAUGGUUAGAUCAUAUGUUGAGAAGCCAAACAGCAUUAUCUUAGCCAUAACUCCGGCCAAUCAAGAUGUUGCGACAUCUGAUGCAAUUAAGAUAGCUCGAGAAGUUGACCCAACAGGUGAACGUACCAUUGGUGUGUUAACAAAACUUGAUUUGAUGGACAAGGGAACAAAUGCAUUGGAUGUUCUUGAAGGAAGAUCCUAUCAGCUUCAACAUCCUUGGGUUGGAGUUGUGAAUCGUUCUCAGGCCGACAUCAACAAAAAUGUUAACAUGAUUGUUGCCAGGCGUAAUGAGCGAGAAUUCUUUGCUAAGAGUCCAGAGUACAGACAUUUAGCCAGCAGGAUGGGAUCGGAAUAUCUUGCAAAGAUUCUUUCACAGCGCCUAGAAUCUGUGAUCAAGGCCCAUAUACCGGCUCUUUUGUCUCUGACUAAUACAAGUAUUGAUGAGGUUGAAACGGAGUUGAGUCGUCUUGGCAGACCAGUUGCUAUUGAUGCAGGAGCCCAUUUAUACACUAUUUUGGAACUCUGCCGAGCAUUUGAUCGGGUAUUCAAGGAGCACCUUGAAGGAGGGAGGCCUGGUGGGGAUCGGAUAUACGAGGUAUUUGACUACAAGCUCCCCGUUGCUUUGAGGAAACUUCCAUUGGAUAGCCACCUCUCGUUGCAAAACAUUAGGAAAGUUGUCUCUGUGGCUGAUGGCUACCAACCUCAUCUGAUAGCACCAGAGCAAGGCUACAGACGCCUCAUAGAUGGUGCCAUUCAUUAUUUCAGGGCACCUGCACAAGCUUCAGUUGAUGCAGUCCACUUAAUCUUGAAGGAGCUCGUCAGGAAAUCAAUUGGAGAAACUCAGGAACUGAGGCGCUUUCCCACUCUUCAAACAGAGAUAGCAACUGCAGCAUGUGAAGCAUUAGAAAGGUUUCGUAAUGAAAGUAAAAAGACUGUAUUGCGGUUGGUAGACAUGGAAGCUUCUUAUCUAACAGUGGAUUUCUUCCGGAAACUCCCAGAGGAAGUUGACAAGGAAGGAGGCUCAACCGUUUCCACUAAUGAUAGUUCCACAGAGGAACACUUUAAAAGAAUAGGCUCAAAUAUCUCUGCCUACACCAGAAUGGUGUGUGAGACCCUCCAGCAGAGCAUACCAAAAGCUGUUGUUUACUGUCAAGUUCGGGAAGCCAAACGGUCUUUGCUUGAUCAUUUUUAUGCUCAACUCGGUAAAAGGGAGGAGCGAGAGCUUUGUGAGAUGUUGGAUGAAGAUAGGGUGCUGAUGGAAAGGAGACAGAAAUGCUCCAGAAAGCUUGAGCUUUACAGAUGGGCGAGAGACGAGAUAGAUUCACUGCUGUUGGCAAGAUGAAAUGAAAUGAGAUUGUGAUGACAUGUUUGUUUAAAGUUGUCCUCAAACCAUACUGCUUUAAUGCAUAUUGUUUAUUUGGGGUUCAAGUUAGGGGAUCUUGCAGCACCUAGUAUUUUGUUUAUUUGGGGUUCAAGUUAAGAUCUGUAAAAGCAUAUGUAGGUGUUAGGUAGUGUGUUACUUGAAACUGGUCUGUCUUUGUUGUUGCUUUCUAUUUUUUUGUCAUUCCAUUGUCAACUAUUGUGGAUUUACCAGUAAUGAAAAACAUUAUUGAUAUUAUUAGUUUUUCCAUGUUUAUGUUUUUA